CGGUGUAAGUCCAGUCUUUCUCUAACAAUUCGAUGCGCCAUGUUUGUUUUCAUGUGAAAAGUACGAAUUAUACGAAUUAUAAAAACCCACGAAACAACUGGAAUUCUCAUAGAUUCGUACCCUAAAAUCAAGAUGCUUUCGCGUGCUGUUAAGGAACACAACCAAAAGCAAGCCGUGGCCAAGGAGAAGCAAGAGCGCUUGAGGAGAGAGGCUGCCGUUGAAGCUUCCAAGCUCACUUAUCGGUUAAUGGACACGGUCAAUUCAGGGGUCGAACAAGCAUAUAUAAAUCAAAGAAAAUUAGAGACAGAAGCCAAACAGCUUCAAACCCAAGCCAAUACCUUUGCGAAACAAUCUGUGCUAUGGCUUCAGAUGGUCGAGAGUUUUAACCAGGCACUCAAGGAACUAGGCGAUGUGGAAAACUGGUCCAGAGUUAUAGAGGCUGACAUGACCUCUAUUGCAAGCGCCCUGGAGUAUGCAUACAAAGGUGAUGUCCCCAAUACAAGCUGACAGAAUGGCAUAAAAGAUAGUUUGACUUGAGUUACAGUACGCCAGGGUUGUCUUCUUCAGCAGUAAGCAUGGACAGAAAAACAAAUUACGUUUUCUGCAUUUCUGCAUUGAUGAUAUUCACAACCAAAGGCAAUAGCACAACUGGUGGUUUGCUGAUACCAGAACUAAUGAAAACUGUGCACGGGUGGAAAAAACUUUUUAACUGUGUAACUAGAUGCCAUUGUUGACAGCAUAAACAUUGCGUGACAAUCUUAGUAAGUAAUUUGUUUUAUUUUGUAUUUGUGUAAGCUUCUCGUGUUAAAAAAAUAACAGCUAUCUUGUAAUUUCUGAUUUUAUUAUAUACAGUUGAUCUACAGUUGAUCUCCUUAACAUUGUCCUUAAAAAUGUUUACAAGAUUAAAUAUCCAGUCCUUGCAUGAGAUCUUUGAUUAAAAGAUAGCUUUAUGUACAAAAUAGAAGCAUUUGAAACCAUACACAGUGGCUAAGAAAUCUACAAAUAGCAUUAAGCUACAUGGUAGAAUUCCUCAUGUGAUGAAAUUAAAGACUUCAGACUUUUGUUACUUGUAAAUAUCUUUUGAACAACAUGAACAGGAUCAAUUGAAAAUGUAUAAGGAGUAACUAGCUGUAUUGCAAUAAUUGAAACCUUCACUAUG